AUGGCUGUUUCGCUAGGUUAUGGCACCAGCGAGACCGGAUCCAUCUCAUACGAGCUGAUUCCACGUGGCGAUUCCAUCGGAUUACUGCUACCGGGAGUAACGGCCAAGAUUGUAGACGAGACAGGACAGUUCUUAGGACCAGGUGAAUCAGGAGAGCUGCUUGUACGGCUGGUGUAUCCGUUUCUCGGUUACUACGGCGAUACGUUGGCCACACACGCCGUCUUAGACGAAGAGGGCUUUGUUCGCACCGGUGACAUCGCGUACUUCGACGAUGCUGGCUUCCUGUACCUGGUUUAUCGUAAACGGGAAAUACUCAAGUACGACAACUAUCACAUUGCGUCGGCUGAGCUGGAGAGUAGGAUCCGAACGAACCUGACCGGUGUACGGCAGGUUGUCGUCAUCGGUUUGACCAAUUCCGAUCGCCCCUACAAUGAUCGUGCUACGGCGCUGAAUGUCCGCAUGGAUGACGACGAUGGACGGCCGGAUCUGCUCACCGAACAGCGCGUGGUUGACCAUUACGCCCGGACAAAUUCGGCCGGUACACAAACACCUGCAUGGAGGCGUUAUCUUUGUCGAAUAACUGCCUAUGACCGUCAGUGGAAAGGUAAUGCGUAA